UGGACUCGAACCUGCACCUUCAUCAGCUCCAGCAGCGGUUCCAUCCGGUUCUGUUCAGGCUGGUCCUGAUUCUCGGGUUCUCCGGUACCAGGUCUCUCGUUCUGCCGUGAGUCCUCCUCUGAGACUUUGAUCUCGCAGUGGCUUCUGGGAAAUAAAGCGUUUCGGUUCGCCGUUAGUCGGUAGAAAUGUCAGCCGUCAGUCCGAACCAGACCCAGAACGGCGAGCCGAACCGCGCCGGAACCGAGCCGGAGCAGGGGGAGGGCGGUGUCCUGCAUCCGCAGACCGUGUUCGUCAUCCUGGACUCGGCUGAAACUCUCAACCUGGUCCGGGUGGAGUCUGGGAUCGUCGCUGACAUUGAGGUCGACAGUUUGCUGCCUUCAGACUGCGACACCUUCUACGAGAUCAAGAGUCAGCCAAUCAGCAUCAGCUCGUCUUCCUCGUCUUCUUCUUCACUUCCAGCCGUCAUGCCUUCCAGGGUUCUGCUGCGCCAGGACCUGAUGCGUCAGCAGGCGCAGCAGGAGCAGCAGAAGGAGGCGGAGCUACAGCAGCUGCUGCGACGCUGCGAUUCCUCUUCUCCUGUGGGCGUGUCGUCGUCCUGCCAGCCUCCUGCUCAGGUUCCUGUGGAGGUUCUGAAGGUGCAGACUCACCUGGAGAACCCCACCAGGUACCACAUCCAGCAGGCCCAGAGGCAGCAGGUCCGCCAGUACCUGUCAACUACCAAGACCACCAAUCAGCAGCCAGUUGCACCUCAGGGCCACGCCCCCAAACAACCGGAGGGUCCCAAACAGGAAGUGGAGGAGACCGUCAUCGAUGACAUCAUCAGCCUGGAAUCGAGCCUAAACGAUGAGUUCCUCACGCUGAUCGACUCAGGACUGCAGCUUGCCAACACGUUGCCGGUGUCUGACGUGCUGGACAUGUACGGCAGAGGGACGGCCACGCCCACCAUCACCGUUAGCAACAGCUGCCCCACCGACCUGCAUGUUGUCAAGACAGAGCUGAGCGAUGUUGAGGCCAAAGCGCUGAUGAAAGAGAGACAGAAGAAGGACAAUCACAACCUGAUCGAGAGGAGGAGACGCUUCAACAUCAACGAUCGCAUCAAAGAACUCGGAGCUCUGAUCCCCAAAUCCUCAGACCCGGAGACCAGGUGGAACAAAGGAACCAUCCUGAAAGCGUCGGUGGAUUACAUCCGCAAACUGCAGAAAGAACAGCAGAGAACCCGAGAGAUGGAAGAGAGACAGAGGAGGCUGGAGAACACCAACCGAUCACUGCUGCUGAGGAUACAGGAACUGGAGGUCCAGGCUCGGCUUCACGGUUUGUCCUCGUCUGCCCCCCCCCCUCCCUCCUCCUCCCCUCUGGCCCCACCCACCCUUCUGUCCUCUCCCCUCCCUCCCUUCUCUUCCCCCUCCUCCCCCCUGGUGACUCCUCCCCUGGGUCUGGACGCUCUGAGCUUUGUGGACCUGGAGGACCCUCGGGGGCGUCCGGUCUUCUCCUCGGAGUUGCUGCCGGAGGCGGAGCUGCAGGGCGUCCUGCUGAUGGAGGACGGUGUGAUGUCCGACCCGCUGCUGUCCUGCGGGGCCUCGAAGACGAGCAGCCGGAGGAGCAGCUUUAGCAUGGACGAGGACCUCUGAUGACUUCAGCACGGUGAGAUCUGAUUGGCUGAGCUGGAGACGGGACUCCGCCUUUUUUAUCUUCUAUUUUAACCCGUGACAUCAUCCAAACAAUCUGUGCCCAGCAUGAUGCCGUGUCGCCAUGGUAACCACUGCACAUCUUCCUGGAUGCUAGGUGUCCUGUAAAGUUGUCACGACAAUGACUGGGUCCUUGCUUGUAACCAUGACGUCACCAUGGUUACCACAGUGUGCCCCAAAAGUGUUGCCAUGAUAACCCCUGUCUACAGUAUCCAUGGUGACUGUUCAUUUUCUGCAUUGUCCCUGAGACUGUCACCAUGCUAACCACAGCAGUGUCCUCCUGUGUUCCCAUCAGUUACCAUGGUAACCACUGUGUGGUGACUGUUGAGUUCUGCAUCAUCAUGAAAACAAGAAACAGAGACAGCUGGGCACUGAUUGGCUGCUGAUGAACAAGCUUGCAGGUGAUUGGCUGAGCUGGUUUCAUCCGCUGAGAAGCUGCAGGUGUGAUCUCACCUGGACGCUCAGACUGUAGACCUGAAACAAACUGACAGAACAAAGAGUCGACCUUAAGGGAAACGGUUCCAUCUCCACACGCUGCCACCAGUUUGGACAGGUUUCAUUCUACUGGUUCCAGUUUGGUCACAGCUAGCAUUUUAUUGUUGUUACUGGUGAAGAAGCUAGCUCUCUGUUAGCCAUCACCCACCGCUAACUUACCCCGCUGUUAGCAUCACCCACCGCCAACUUAGCUCACUGUUAGCAUCACCCAUCGCUAAGUGAGCUCACUGUUAGCCAUCACUGUUAGCAGGGUAAGUGUUAGCUGAAGCUAAUAACAUGCUAACUCAUAGCUACAGCUGAUAGCAGGGUAAGUGUUAGCUGAAGCUAAUAACAUGCUAACUCAUAGCUACAGCUGAGAGCAGGGUAAGUGUUAGCUGAAGCUGAUAGGAGGCUAACUCAUAGCUACAGCUGAUAGCAGGGUAAGUGUUAGCUGAAGCUGAUAGCAGGCUAACUCAUAUCUACAGCUGCAUUCUUUAAGGACUCAGAGUUCAAACCAAAUGUUGUUUGUCGUGAUGUUCAGCUUCAUGGUUCACAUUCUGGGCAGGCAUUUUGAGGAGUGAAGGAAGAAGGUCUCCAACACUGAUCAGGUUCUUCCAGUCCUCAGGUAUUUUCCCACAAAGUUUCACUGUCAUUCUGAGUCAUCCUUUCUCAGUAACUCCAUGAGUUCUGUAGUUUGGAGGUAAAUGGUCAACACUGAUAUGGUGCCGUUCUACCUUAAUGGUACGCAAAGCGCUGUACAAUUUGUAAUCAAUCAAUCAAUCAAUCAAUCAAUCAAUCAAUCAUAUACACAUUCCACACACCAUUGGUGGCAGAACUUCCAUGCUAGGUGCUUCCAGCCAUCAGAUCAACGACAUACUUAGAUCACCUGAUAUGAUGACCUGAGAUCACCUGACCUGAUGGGAAAUAAAACGGGAUUGUUUGAAUUCAGCCAUUAAAGGAUGCAGCCUCUGGAUUAGCACACAGUGACUGCUUGCAGUCCGCUGCUUACUAAGCUAGCCAUUAGCUGAACUAACCAUUAACUGAGCUAGCUGUUAGCUGAGCUAGCCGUUAGCUUUAUAGGCUUGAUUUAGUUCAGUGGCUCAGUCAGUAAUCACCCAGCUGAAGCUUUCUCAUCUGUUAAAUGUAUUUUAUUCACCCAGAGAUAAACUGUAAGAGCUAACAGCUAAAGUGUGUACAAACUGUGUAAUGUAACCUAUUUCAAGCAUUGAACAGAGCUAGCUCACUGUUGUUGCUGUUCUCAUUUACUAGUUUGUGGCCAACUGCAAGCUUAGCUAGUCUAAAAAUGACUGGUUGACAGUUAGCAAGUCUAAAAAUGACUAGCUGACAGUUAGCUAGUCUAAAAAUGACUGGUUGACAGUUAGCUAGUCUAAAAAUGACUAGCUGACAGUUAGCUGGUCUAAAAAUGACUGGUUGACAGUUAGCUAGUCUAAAAAUGACUAGCUGACAGUUAGCUGGUCUAAAAAUGACUAGCUGACAGUUAGCUAGUCUAAAAAUGACUGGUUGACAGUUAGCUGGUCUAAAAAUGACUGGUUGACAGUUAGCUAGUCUAAAAAUGACUGGUUGACAGUUAGCUAGUCUAAAAAUGACUAGCUGACAGUUAGCUAGUCUAAAAA